AUGGCGCAUGCUGAAAAUCAUAGAUAUAUUGUGCAGGUGUUUGUGGGAGCACUUUCUGCACAAUAUGAAGCUUUGUCAGUAGAAGCCUCAAAGCAGACAAGCUCUGAAGAAAUAGUUUGCUGUAUUGCUGACAAACUCAAUUUAAAUGAUGGAGCUGGAGGGCCAUACGAGCUGGCAGAGGUUGUGGGGGACAUGGUUAGCGGGGAAUGCAAAGAAAGGCGACUCGGACCAAAUGAGUCGCCGGUAGCCGUCAUGAUGCUGUGGCCGAACAAUAACUCUGGUCAAUACUACAGGUUCUAUCUACGUGAAAAGAUUCCCGACGAGCCAUGGAUGGAGAACUUUUCAGUGGACCCGCAACUUAUAAAAGAUUAUUUUCAAAGGUUCCUGUACCAGCCAAAAGACCGAGAAUAUCCAGACCUCUGCCAGCUGCCAGAAUUAAAUGAACAAACAUUGUUAGACAAUCUGAGAGCACGAUUUGCCGCUGGAUAUAUAUAUACCUACGUAGGUUCUAUACUAAUAGCUCUCAAUCCUUUCAAGUUCUACCCAAUUUACAAUCCAAAAUACGUAAAAUUGUACCAAAACAAGCGAAUCGGCUCCAGCCUUCCUCCACAUAUAUUCGCAGUAGCCGACGCAGCGUACCAUUGUAUGUUGCGAGAGAGAACAAACCAAUGUAUUGUGAUAAGUGGCGAAAGUGGUUCAGGGAAAACGGAAAGUACAAAUUUUCUCCUACAUCACCUUACAGCUCUCAGUCAGAAAGGCUCACAUGGUAGCGGAGUAGAACAGACGAUAUUAAGUGCGGGGCCCGUGUUAGAAGCAUUUGGUAAUGCGAAAACGGCACAUAACAACAACUCCAGCCGUUUUGGCAAGUUUAUUCAAGUGAAUUAUAAGGAAAAUGGUAUGGUUCAUGGCGCGGUGGUGCAGAAAUAUUUGUUGGAAAAAUCCAGGAUAUGCAGUCAAGGUCGCAACGAGAGGAACUAUCAUGUGUUUUACUAUCUGCUGGCCGGUGCAUCUGAACAAGAAAAAGAGCAGUUGCAUUUACUUAGUGUUGACAAAUAUAAUUAUUUAUCUAAAACUGGUUGUAGUGUAGUGCCUGGUGUUGAUGAACAGUAUGAGUUUUCUCGUUUAAAACAGUCCAUGGAUAUGGUUGGUUUUACAUUGGACAAGCAACGGCGAUUGUUUGCCGUUCUGUCUGCUGUGCUUCUAUUGGGCAAUGUUGAAUUUCAACCACAACGCAAGUCAUACCACCAUGACGAGGCAGUUGGUGUCCGCAAUCCAGAAGUGGUGUCACUUAUAUCUUCAUUAUUACGAGUUAAGCAAGAAACACUACUGGCUGCCCUCACCUCUAAAAGGGCUAGGGCGUCUGGAGAAACACUCGUUAUUAAUUAUAGGCUGCCAGAAGCAAUAGCGACAAGGGAUGCUAUGGCGAAGUGCUUGUAUGGUGCUUUGUUCGACUGGAUAGUGAUGCAGGUCAACCAUGCGUUGCUCUCUAAAAAGGACACUCUUAGGGAACAUCAGGGACAUAGUAUAGGGGUCCUCGAUAUAUUCGGCUUCGAAGACUUCGGUCCGAGCAACAGUUUCGAGCAACUGUGCAUCAACUACGCGAACGAACACCUGCAGUACUACUUCAACCAGCACGUGUUCAAGUACGAGCAGGAGGAGUACCGGCGCGAGGGCAUCCGAUGGACGGACAUCGGCUUCUCAGACAAUACUGGCUGCUUGCAGCUUAUUGAAGGCAAGCCUGGUGGGUUGCUGUGUCUGUUGGAUGAUCAGUGCAACUUUCCAUGGGCGACAAACGAGACACUAUUACAAAAAUUCAAUUCAGUACACGAAGACAAUCAAUUCUACGAAAAACCUCAGCGACGAGAACCUGCGUUUGUCGUGAAACAUUACGCCGGGAAAGUUAAAUAUCAGGUGACGGCGAUGAGAGAAAAGAAUUUAGAUCUAAUGCGGCAGGAUAUAGUGAGCGUUCUGAAGAAUUCAUCGCUGGCGUUUGUUCGCGAGUUAGUGGGCGUGGACCCCGUGGCUGUGUUCAGAUGGGCCAUUGUACGCGCUUUCUUUCGAGGCUACUUCGCUUUCUUAGAAGCUGGCAGACGACAUCGAGUAAAUCGAGUAGAUGGCGCAUCUAGAGUACCAAGGGCGUCGAUUCACGCUCCUAAUGACAGCAUCAUCAGCCAACUGGUGACUGUAUCGUCAAUCAAUCUCGCAAUCAACCGAAUUGCG